CUAACAAAGUUGACGGAGCCGGACCCAUUCAUUUCUCUACUGCCGACCAAUACCCACAUCACUGCACUUGCUAUUAUUUUUUGGGUCUCCCCCCCCCCUUUCUUCCCGCCGCCGCCAACUUUAAAUUUCUUAUAUUUUUUAAAAAUCAGUUUUGACGACGAUCAAAGUCUUUUUCCUCCAUGUGCGACAUACACCGCCGAGAAUAUCGUUUUUAUUACUACACCAGCAGUGCCGCCGUCUAAUUUUGGCCGUGUUUGAUUGAUAUAGAUAGACAUAGACAUUGUGAUAUUAAAAAACUCUUUAGAGCUGUUCGAAAUGCUGCGCCGAGUUUCGUUGUUGUGUGUUGUGUUAGCGGUGGCAUUAAAUCACGUCGACGCCGCUCCUGUCUCGACCGACACCCAAGCCAUGAUGUACCUAGCCAGGUUCGGCUACCUAGAUCCGGCAUUGCAGAACCCGUCUUCCGGUGCCCUGAUCUCAGGCGAUUCCGUCCGUCGUGCCAUCAUCGAUUUUCAGUCAUUCGCUGGAUUGAAUCAAACAGGUAUUUUGGAUCCGGAGACAUCGACGUGGAUGAGCAAACCUCGCUGCGGUGUCAGGGAUCGAGUCGGUGCGGGUUCCUCGGCUCGCAGGAAACGCUACGCACUUCAAGGGAGUCGCUGGCGUGUCAAACAAUUGACGUACAGCAUUACGAAAUACCCGUCGGCUCUGAAGACUGCCGACGUGGACCGGGAGCUGGCCAAAGCUUUCCAGGUCUGGGAGGACGUGACCGAGUUGACCUUCGUUCAUCUCAGGACCGGCAAAGUCCACAUCGAAAUCCGUUUUGAGUCGGGAGAACACGGAGACGGCGAUGCCUUUGACGGCACAGGUGGCACUUUGGCCCACGCCUAUUUCCCCAUUUACGGAGGAGAUGCCCAUUUCGACGAAUCCGAAACGUGGACGAUCAAUUCUUACAAAGGGACAAAUUUGUUCCAGGUGGCUGCUCACGAGUUCGGUCACUCACUGGGACUGUCACAUUCCGACGUCCGCUCGGCCCUCAUGGCGCCCUUCUACCGCGGCUACGAGCCCAAUUUCAAAUUGGACAACGACGACGUCGUAGCCAUCCAGCAAUUGUACGGGAAGAGCGGGAAUGUGGCGACAACCACCGAAACCAGUUCCCGACCGUUGCCUCCUGGCCGGGCGACGACACCGAGGGUGUCCUUCGACGACGGAAGCAACGGCCGAGGCAACGCGGAACUGUGCGGAAGCGAAGGCAAAAUCGACACCAUGUUCACCGGUCCAGACAACAAAGCUUACGUUUUCAAAGGUGAAAAGUAUUGGAAAUUGGAAGCCGAAGCCGUAGCUCCCGGUUAUCCGCGUAGCAUCCGGGCGGAUUGGGAAGGCCUGCCUGGCAACAUUGACGCCGCUUUCACGUGGACCAAUGGCCGCACCUACUUCUUCAAGGGCUCGAGAUAUUGGCGCUAUACCAAUUUUGAAUUGGACGCCGACUACCCGAAGGAUCUCUCGGAAGGAUUCGCCGGAGUGCCCAGCAACAUCGACACGGCCCUCGUCUGGAGCGGCAACGGCAAAAUUUAUUUCUUCAAAGGGAGCCAAUAUUGGCGGUUCGACCCGCAACAGAAGCCGCCCAUUAAAUCGACGUAUCCCAAAGACAUUUCCAACUGGGAAGGUCUGCCCAAUUCUUUGGACGCCGCAUUCCAGUUCACCAACGGCUACAGCUACUUCUUCAAAAACGGCCAAUACUGGCGGUUCAACGACCGCAGCUUCAAGGUGGACGAAGGACAGCCCGGUUACCCACGUCCAGCCGGCAAAUGGUGGUUCGGCUGUGACGAAGUCAAUUUCAAAACUCGACCUGGAGGAUCGAAAUUGUUUGUCGACAGGCCUCACGCCAACGAUCGUCAAGCCGAUCUUCUUGAUGUCGGUCUAACCCAAUCGGAUAACGAUGACAUCGACAACUCGGUGGACCAGGUGGCGACAACUUUACUGCUGACGGACGGAGAUGGCCCUGCUGCUGCUGCUCCGACCUCCGCCGGUGCCAGCACCCUUUUACUAUCAUCAUCCAAGUUGAUUUUGGUACUACUCUGCUCGCUGGCGUUCAUCAUCAUCCAGCGGAUACAACAGUAACAAUAAGUUUGGCCCAGCCAAGAAGUUCAUAUAUUGUCCCAGCAGUCCGCGCGUCUAUCAAAUACAAUAAGGUCUAUAUAUAGUAUGUUACUCUAUAGCUAGACGUAUAAUAAUGGAGAAUAAGAGAAGGACCCUAUAGCUCUAUUCUGUCUGCGGGACGAGAGAGAUGAACUGUCCGUCUCUCUCCACCAGCUCCUUAUUCUUCUCUUAUAUUCUCUCUCUCUCUCUCUUGUUGUGCUCUUGUUGUUGUUGUUCUGUUUCCGUCUCUGUGUAUAUUGAAUGCCGUGCGUAUUGUGUUGUGUGUGUAUAUUGGAGAGCUGUGCUGCUGAUCUAGCGAGUGUCUGUCCGUGUUACGAUUGUUGUUCUCUCGUGAAUGAUCGAUCGACUGCUGGUCUCCCCUUUUUUUCUUCUUCUCCUUUUGCUCCUUUUUUACCCUCAACGAUUGAGUGCGCGCGUGUGUUUGCGUAGAGCUAUGAAUGUUGUUGGUGUUGUUUUUUAUAUUCCUUCCUCGAUACUCUUUUAUUUCUUGCAUGCUGGAUAUAUAGAUGUAGUCGCCGCUCUCACACUUGUGUAUCUCGAAUGGAUCGUCUAUAGAACGUCUGCACGAAUGAUUGAGCAUCUCCAUUUACACGGCUGUCUCUCCCCACUGCACUGCGCAAUCCUUUAAAGGUUAAGUGAGGUACAUUCACGCGCAUCAGGGGUUCGUUUUUAUGGCUCGAUAUAAUAUUUUCCAUGUCGAAUAUCAUUCAUAAUCAUUGAUUUAGUUGUUGUGUAACCAUUUCUUGUUUAUUUGGUUUUUUACUCUCCGCCAAGAACUCCGCCAUGUGUGAGACCCCCCCCCCCCCCAUACAAACUCUAGAUCAAAUGAGCUGUGAGGCAAAAAUGGGAGCAUUUCUUUUGAGUAUAUUUUUGAUCGACGAUGACUCUCUCUUCAUCAAAGUCAAAUGUCUGUGUGUGUAGUUACGUCGGUACGUAUAUAUACUGUCUGUAUGAAUGUCGGAGCGGAAGUUCCGGAUGAAAUCCUGUUGUGUGUAGUUCCGAUCAUGUCUCUUUUCUUUUCAAUCUCGUCUGCUGUGUGUGCUCUUGUGUGUGUGUGUGCUGCCUCUCUCGUCGGGGGUUUACAAAUGGCGCAAUGGAUUCAUUGAGUUGUGGAUCCGCGCCGCAAACCGUGACGAUCAACUGAUGUCAUACGAAAUAAAAUUCUAACAAAACCAGAAAUAUGUAUAUACAGUAUAUAUGUG